UGGAGGCGAAGCAGCGGCGGUUGGGAGUGCACAGUAGCCACGCGGGUCCUGGGGAAGCGGAGGAAGGGAAAGAAGAAGCGGCUGAGGAGGAAAAAGAAGAAAAGGAGGAGAAGAAAGAGGAAGAGGAAGAAGAGGAGGAGGCUGAAUUCUUUUGCACCAUGCCCUCCUUCGACGAGGUGCUGCAGAAGGCGGGCGAGUUUGGGCGCUUCCAGAGGCGGGUGUUCCUGCUGAUGUGCCUGACGGGCAUCACUUUUGCCUUCCUCUUCGUCAGCGUGGUCUUCCUGGGCAUCGGCCCGGACCACCACUGGUGCCGGGGUCCCAGCGCCGCGGAGCUGGCUGAGCGCUGCGGUUGGAGCCCCGAGGAGGAAUGGAACCGCACGGCUCCCCCCCGGAGCGCUCCGGAGUCGGGAGUCCGCUCCGACGGGCGCUGUGAGCGCUACGAGCUGGAAGCUGCCAACUGGAGCAGCGCGGCGGACGCCGCCGGCGCUGCGGCGGGGGGUCUCAGCUGCAGCGACCCGCUCUCCUCCUUCCCCAACCGCACGGCGCCCUUGGUCCCCUGCCAGGGCAACUGGAAGUACAGCCAGUCCCACACCAGCAUUGUCAGCGAGUUUAACCUGGUGUGUUUAAAUUCUUGGAUGCUGGACUUUACCCAGGCUGUUCUGAAUCUGGGGUUUCUGGCUGGGGCUUUUACUCUGUGCUAUGCAGCAGACAGGUAUGGAAGAAUAAUUAUAUAUUUAAUCUCCUGCUUUGGUGUGGGAAUAAGUGGAAUCAUUGUGGCAUUUGCUCCAAACUUUACUGUGUUUGUGAUCUUUCGCUUCCUGCAAGGUGUUUUUGGAAAGGGAACAUGGAUGACAUCUUAUGUUAUUGUGACAGAAAUGGUUGGUUCAAAACAGAGAAGAAUUGUGGGAAUCGUGAUUCAAAUAUUCUUCACCUUUGGAAUUAUAAUUAUCCCUGGGAUCGCCUACCUUAUCCCCAAAUGGCAAGGGAUCCAGCUAGCCAUCACACUACCCAACUUUCUGUUCCUUCUCUAUUACUGGGUGGUUCCUGAGUCUCCCAGAUGGCUAAUCACUCGGAAGAAAGGAGAAAAGGCCUUGAAAAUUCUGCAGAGCAUUGCCAAGUACAAUGGGAAAUAUCUUUCACCAAAUUACUCAGAGAUCACUGUUACAGAUGAGGAGGUUAGUAAUCCAUCCUUUUUAGAUCUGGUGAGGACUCCCCAAAUGAGGAAAUGCACACUUAUUCUAAUGUUUGCUUGGUUCACAAGUGCAGUGGUUUACCAAGGACUUGUCAUGCGCCUGGGAAUUAUAGGUGGAAACCUCUAUAUAGAUUUUUUUAUCUCAGGAGUUGUGGAAUUGCCGGGAGCUCUCCUGAUUUUACUAACAAUUGAGCGUGUGGGACGACGCCUUCCCUUUGCAGUGAGCAAUAUAGUAGCUGGAAUUGCAUGUCUUGUUACGGCAUUCUUACCAGAAGGAAUACCAUGGUUGAGAACCACAGUGGCUACUAUAGGAAGACUGGGAAUUACCAUGGCCUUUGAAAUUGUUUAUUUGGUGAAUUCAGAAUUGUAUCCAACGACCUUAAGAAACUUUGGUGUUUCGUUGUGCUCAGGAUUAUGUGAUUUUGGUGGUAUCGUAGCUCCAUUCCUGCUGUUUCGGCUAUCAGCCAUCUGGCUAGAACUACCUCUUAUCAUUUUUGGUAUUCUUGCAUCAGUCUGUGGAGGGCUUGUCAUGCUCUUACCUGAAACAAAGGGUAUUGCCUUACCUGAGACGGUGGAGGAUGUAGAAAAGCUUGCCAGCCCACAUGUCUACAAAAGAGGCAAGAAGAAGAAAAGUCAAGUAACAAGCAUUCACACUUGAGUCCUUGCCAAAGACUAAAGAAGCUCUCAGGAUUUUUCCAGCAGGGCAUCUUCAUCGUUGACCAGCUUUCUGCUGUCCCUAGGAAGUGACUGGCGUAGUGGAAGGAUCACCACAGCCUGAAGACAUGGAUUCAAAUCCUAGCUCUGCCUCUUACUCCUUGUGUGACCUUGGGCAAAGCACAACCUUUUAACUCUGGUUUCCUCAUCUCAAAAAUAUAUGAAGAAAGUAAUUUACAAACCUUAAAGGAUAAAGAAAUAUAAGCCAUCAACCCCUAUUUGGUUUGGAUUCUUAGGGCAUCGAGGCUUGACUGUAGAUAAAUUUCAAAGUGGUAGAUGUCUAACAUGAUGUUGCUUGGUGUGUGAAUUUUAAAUUUAACAACUGAAAAGCUGUAAUGUUUCUGGUACUAUCAAACAGUAUGACUUUGGGCAGGUUGCUUAAUCUCUCUAAGUAUUAGCAUCCGCACAUGGGAAAUUCAGUGAUCAGACUCAAUGAUGUCUUAAAUUCCUUCCCAGUGGUAGCAUUCUGCCGUUCCAAGGCUUCUCACAAAAUGAUUCACAACAACUACAGAAUCAUAUAGUUUUGCAUCUAGAUAGGAUCUUCAAUACCACCUGAUGCAAUCCUUUAAUUUUGUAGUGAAAGAAAAUGAGAUGGUUAGGUUAAAUGACCUGCCCAUAAAUCACUCAAGGAGGGAUGCACCCAAUGUAUUGUUGGCCUUCUCUGCAUCUAUUGAUAUUGUGUGGAUGCUAGUGGGACACAUGAGAACCCUACCUCUUUCUACAUGACUGGCCCAUCACCCUUUUGUCACACACCUUUACUGAGAUCCUUUUAAGUCACUUCUCCUGUAUAAAUCCUUUUGGAAAUACAUUUACACCUACCUUGUGGUUUUCCAUUAGAAGUUUAAGUGACCUGAAACUUUAAUCUCUCAAUGACAUUGAUAUUUCAUGAUAUCUAUGAAAUACAUAGAACAUAACUGGAAGAUUACUACCUGCCUGAAAGAAUAAACUUUCAAAUGUCUCCACCACUA